AUGCCUGAGUAUCGCGAGGUCAAGGCAAUGGACAAGUUCAUUGAAGAAGUCCUAAACACCAGGGCAUUUUGGAAGUGUGAUCUGACGGUGCAAAAUAUUUGGGCAGAUGCAACGGAUAAGGAACAAUUGAAGUCGAGCAAUGUGCGUGUGCAAGCUGGCCACGCUUACAAGCUGGACACAUCCUGCAAGUGCAUGAGGGGUCAGAAGGACAAUCAAACACCUCUGUUCCCGCCGAUGUGGAAGGGCAGAGGGGCAGCACCUAUUUCAUCCCUUCGCCUGGGGCCAGAUUCUGUAUCGAGCACUGGGCAUACUGUGACUCUGGACUUCGGUCCCUUGGUACUCUCGAUGGCACCACUAACGCAUACAUCCGUGCAAUGCUAUUCACGCUCGACCUGGGAGACUGCAGUCCUCCAAAUACCCAAGAAGGACCGCAAGUUUCUUGUGGCCAUUGGCUUUGAGUUUAAGGACUUCGUCCUUGCUUUCCUGAGUGCAGACCUUAUGUUUCAGGCAAGUUCUCCUAUAUGGCGGACUAAAAAGGAUGCGCUGGCAGCACCACCACCUCCACCAGAUAUCUAUGACGACUUCAAUGGUUUUCUGGUCCUCAUUGUAAAAUAUUAUGAGCCCCGCAUCGCCAGCAGGGGUGUUGGCCGGGGUUUGAUGAUAAUUCAAAUGCGGACAGGAGACUCCCCAUGGCGUAUAUGUGGAAUUGGAGUUUAUAGUUUAUCUGAGAUAUUUGAUCGUGCUGGUCUCUCACCAUGGCUGACAGAGGGCGAAGUCAUCCGAUGUCCCUCACGCCUAGCACGGCUCUGCGCUGCAUUCUACUCAUUUGCGUAUGCAGUGCGCCAUGGCAACAUGCUACUAAAACUCUUGAGACCAUGCAUGGACAAGGACACAUUGACGAUCGCACCCACCGUCAACCAGCGACUGAAAUAUAAGGAUAUGCUCACUGUUUGGGCUAAGGCUUUCAAACAAUCUAAACUCUAUGAUUUCUUUGAGCCGAAUGCUGUCCGCCCGGCAUUAACCCUUGAUAGGUGCAACCUUGGUGCCCUGAUCUUCGGUGAGAAGGAGUGGGCUCGUCUAGGUAGUGCUAAGUCACUGGUUGUGGACCCUCUGACUGUGAUGUUCCGUCGACGUGGCUUACUAUCCAAACGUACAUUCCUAACCCCUUAUGAUGCCACGUCUGAUGUUGGAUACUCUACUCUUUUCUGGGAGCCUGGGCCCUUGGAGGCAGGCUCAAAGAAACCCUCAGGCUACAAGCGACGUCCCAUCCAUGCUUUUCACCUACGGAAAGAUGUUUGGACAGUUGCACACCCUUUCCCAGACAACUCAGUGGUAAUGUCUGGGAAGAAACCAUCAUCUGUCAUCUAUUAUGAAUUCACUGGUUCUGAGAAGAAGGCAAAGCUGUUUCUCAACAUCGUGAAGAAGGAUACAGGCGCAGUGGCUGUCGGACCCUUGGAAUACUGUGGCAAUGCUGUCCCUGUGCGAAUCAAUGGCAGGACCCAGAUUGCUGUGGCAGCAAUGGAUCCGAACCUCUCCAUGGCCAUCCGAAUUCGUGAGAUUUGCAAGCAACUCCGGAAGAAAUAUAAGCUGGAGCAUGAUUGGGUUCGCCGGAAGGAAGCUAUGCCACAAGAAGUGAAGGAUGCUACAGAUGAAGAGACUUGCGCAAGGAGGAUUCGCUUCGUCCAACCAGUAUCCGUCGGCGCCUGA